AUGGGCACUAAGUUAUCACAAAAAAUGUGUUUUCCUAUACUUAUACUGGACUUCGAUUACUACAAUUACACUAUGAAUAGUCAGUGUAUGAGUAUAGGAAACGACACUAUGGAAGUCCAGUAUACAAAUGUGUGGCCAGUAAUUAUCAUAUAUAUGAUGUCCAAAAUUAUCCUGAUAGCGUAUAUUAUGGCUAUUUGUGUGACCAUGGUCACCUGUAACCAUUGGAACGAGCACUGGAAUAAAUACAGCCAGGAUGAACGCCAAUGGAUCAUGAUCAUGUUUUCCAGCGACUGCGAGUUCAUAAAAGGUGAUUUGGACGGGUAUAACGAGUGCGCCCUUAGGCAGUACCCGGAUCACCANGAGGGUCACCGACAACACUACCGUAACAAUAGAAACACCGGACAUAAGGACUGUUUCCGUGAGUUUCAGGCGUCGAUGAACUCGUUGAGCGCCGACCACUGCAAUAGGUUUGACGAGUGUUUCCGUAAGCAUGUGAACCGGGGUCAUAUUAGUCGCUGCCCACACCACCAAAAUUAA